AUUCCGCGACUUGUAGUUCUAGUCACGUGUCCUGCAGUUUUAGUGGACCACUGAUAUUCCUGCUUAGUUUUCCUGGUGCCAUGAAGUUUGAACUGUCCAAAGUGGUGCGAGGAUGCCGGCUGGGUCUUUUAACCAGCGUCGGGCAAACAGGGGGGCACUCUUUAGAAGUGCCAAGCUGUCUUCUGUACACCCGCUGUGCCACGGUGCCUCAUCUGACUCAGGAGACCCUGCACACGCUCAGCAACCUGCCGGCGGUCACACAGGUCUCGCUGGAUAGUCUUGCAGAACACCAUGAGGUUCUAGAAGAGUGUAAAGGUGGUGUAAGGAAGUUUGCAGGUCUGCAGGACACCCUGGUCUUCUGCUCCCUCCGUGACCCUGCGACUACCUGCCCUACUGGUCACGUGACUAACAAGACGGUGUCAGUAUGGGGCAGUGGAGGGAGGAUAGAGCUCUCCGUAACCAAGUUCAUGGCCUUGCAAGCAGCCGUCCGUCCUGAUUUUUACGAAAGCAUGGCGGACGGGGAGACGUGGCAGGCUAACACGUCGCGGAAGAGAGUCCGCAAAGCGGUCGAGCGGACGCUAUCACAUCUGGACGAGUGUUUAGCGCUGCACAACGAAUCACAGGAGCUAAAGGGGUCUGCGAUAUUCGGCGUGAUCGAAGGGGGCGACGUCCUGGAGGAAAGGCUCAGGUCAGCACGUGAGACAGCGAAGCGGCCCGUGGCUGGAUUCGUGUUGGAUGGUUUCCAGUCUGGCGCCAUGGAGCAGAAGCUGAGAGGGGAGCUAAUUACAGCAGUAACUGCAGAGCUGCCUCAGGAUAAACUCAGGUUGUUACGGGGUGUAGGCCGUCCGGACGAAGUGAUUGCAUGUGUGGAAGCAGGAGUGGAUCUGUUUGAGUGUUUCUUCCCCUUCCAGGUGACAGAACGAGGCUGCGCCCUGCACUUCAACUACACCGUCACACCUGAUCCAGAGACAGCAGGUACAUCUGAGCCAACAGUGUUGGAACUGAAUGGAGAGAAUCCGACUGUAGAAAAGCUGAAGGAGAAUGGAGACGGCAGUCCUGAGAACAUGACCGGCUUUGAGAUGAACAUGAGGGACUGUGGCUACAAGGAUGAUUUCCGGCCGCUGGUGGAGGGGUGUGACUGUUACUGCUGUAAGAACCACACGCGGGCGUACAUACAUCAUCUGCUGGUGACCAAUGAGCUGCUGGCAGGGGUGCUGCUGAUGCUCCACAACACUCGGCAUUACCUGGGGUUCUUCAGAGCGCUGAGGGACGCCGUGGCUAACGACCGACUGCAGGACCUGAGGAACAAAGUGCUCCAGUGAUCACUGUGGAUUAACGGGUGUGGCACGGUUGCGUUUACUGGGGGUUUAGGGAAACAAGGCAGUGUCGAGUAUUCUGAAGAUUUGGGCUGCAUAGGUUUUCAACUUCAUCUGUUUUACACAAACGUUGCAAAUGCAUAACUUACCUAAAAAUAUCAAUACAACCUAGAUUUAUCAUUUACUGAGUUACAAAAUUGGAUGUUCAUGCCUCAAAACUUCUGGUCUGUUUGGUCACUCAAACCUGAUAAACAUAUUUAUUGUCCACGCUUUAGAAAACCAGCUCAUAAGAUUUAAAUGUUUUUUAAUUUUGAAGCAAGUACUGUAUUUAAGCUCCAUUUAAAAGUAGAGAACCUUAAUGUAAUCUGCUGCCUAAUAUUUAACAACUGGUUGAGCCCCUGUUUUGACUUUCGGUGUAUACAUUUCCAGUUAAAGGAUGAAGUCCUGAGUGACCAGGGUUGGAUGGACGCAGCAUAAAUAUGGUGCUGUUUUUUAAAUGCAUUGUAAGAGAGAAGCCGUGGCCCAUCUGAAUCUGUUUGCUGGGUACAUUUGGUAGAUCUGCCUGGCAUCAGAGUAUAAACUUAUGCCAGUUACUUUGCCGCUGUCUGUUUAGCUCAUAAUCUUAUAAAACAUUAUCUGUAAGAUCCCUGGUACUGGUAAGAGUGAUGAACUUACGGUUUAUGUGAAAUUCCUGCACCGGGAUCUGAAUUAAUUCCUGAUAAUCCACUGAUUUGUGUUUGCACGCGUUAAUUUCCAUUUGCUGCUGACUAAGCUGAACCUGGUAGCGAUUUUAAUUUUAAAGCAUUCAGGGACAUUUUAUGCGUCUCCUAUAAAUAAUGAGAAUCCAGCUGAGCCAGGGUUGUUGUCGGGGCAUCUCCUGACUCAGGUCUCUGUACUCGGCUUUAAAUGGUUUCGUAUUUUUAUGUAUUUGUUUAUUUACUGUUGUAUUCACGCCUCCUGCACUCGAGAGAAAGUUGUAGUCAGGCCUGAAUGAUCCCGCACACCCUGUAUGUACUGCAGCUCUCACACAUGACUUAUGGAACCUAAAAGGGACAAUUGGGUGUUUAAGAGGUGGUGAGGGGUGAAGAAGAGGUUUUGUGUUUGGACAAGACACGACACCGGGCAGCGUUUUCCAUUAAAAAGGUGCAGAAUUACUUUCCAGGCCGGUGCGUUUUUCCAUUUCAGACCUAAUUUCAAACUACCGCUUAUACAUCAGGAGGAUUCAGGGGUGUAAAGAAUGUGUUUAAUAAAUCCAGAGUGUUUGUGCAAUAAAAUCAAGUAUUUCAUUUAAAACACUCUGGGUCUUGGUGCUCUUGUAUUGUUGUCAGCUCUAUUAAUUAGAAUUAGGAGUGCUGAUGGAAUGCGCUGAUGGAAGCUGGGAAACCACGUUCCUUCGGUGCAGGAACAAGUUUGUUCAGACUAAAAUAAAGUAUUUUGA